CCGAGCCGGCCGGCGCCUCCUGACUCCUGCGAGCUCUCCCCGCGCACCCUCCGACUCCGGCCGCCUUCCCGGCGCUCCACGCUCACCAGGACUCGGCGCCCGUCGCACCUUCCUUGCCGCCACUCCGGGCCACUGCGCCCGUGUACACACAGGCUCCCUGCUGGGCGCAGACAGCUCCGCCAUGGGACUGGCCUGGGGACUCAGGGUCCUGUUCCUGUUGCUUGUGUUUGGCUGCAGCCGCAGUUCAGAGGCUGGGGGAGACAACAGCGUGUUUGACAUCUUUGAACUCACGGGAGCUGCCCGCAGGGGCGCUGGGCGCCGACUGGUGAAGGGUCCUGACCCUUCCAGCCCAGCCUUCCGCAUCGAGGAUGCCAACCUGAUCCCCCCUGUGCCUGAUGACAAGUUCCAAGACCUAGUGGAUGCUGUGCGGGCAGAGAAAGGUUUCCUCCUCCUGGCCUCCCUGAGACAGAUGAAGAAGACCCGAGGCACACUGCUGGCAGUGGAGCGGAAAGACCACUCUGGCCAGGUCUUCAGCGUGGUCUCCAAUGGCAAAGCGGGCACCCUGGACCUGAGCCUGACCGUGCAGGGGAAGCAGCAUGUGGUGUCGGUGGAAGAAGCACUCCUGGCCACCGGCCAGUGGAAGACCAUCACCCUGUUUGUGCAGGAGGACAGGGCCCAGCUGUACAUCGACUGUGAGAAGAUGGAGAAUGCUGAGCUGGAUGUCCCCAUCCAGAGCAUCUUCACCCGGGACCUGGCCAGUGUCGCCAGGCUCCGCAUCGCAAAAGGAGGUGUCAAUGACAAUUUCCAGGGGGUGCUGCAGAAUGUGAGGUUUGUCUUCGGAACCACACCAGAAGACAUCCUCAGGAACAGAGGCUGCUCCAGCUCUACCAACGUCCUCCUCACCCUUGACAACAACGUGGUGAAUGGCUCCAGCCCUGCCAUCCGCACUAACUACAUCGGCCACAAGACGAAGGACCUGCAAGCCAUCUGCGGCAUCUCCUGCGAUGAGCUGUCCAGCAUGGUCCUGGAGCUCAGGGGCCUGCGCACCAUCGUGACCACACUCCAGGACAGCAUCCGCAAAGUGACUGAAGAGAACAAAGAGUUGGCCAAUGAGCUGAGGCGGCCCCCGCUCUGCUACCACAAUGGAGUCCAGUACAGGAACAAUGAGGAGUGGACCGUCGACAGCUGCACGGAGUGCCGCUGUCAGAACUCCGUUACCAUCUGCAAAAAGGUGUCCUGUCCCAUCAUGCCCUGCUCCAAUGCCACAGUCCCUGAUGGAGAGUGCUGCCCCCGGUGUUGGCCCAGCGACUCCGCGGACGAUGGCUGGUCCCCCUGGUCCGAGUGGACCUCCUGCUCCGCAACCUGCGGCAACGGGAUCCAGCAGCGCGGCCGCUCCUGUGACAGCCUCAACAGCCGGUGCGAGGGCUCCUCCGUCCAGACACGCACCUGCCACAUUCAGGAGUGUGAUAAGAGAUUCAAACAGGAUGGCGGCUGGAGCCACUGGUCGCCGUGGUCGUCUUGUUCUGUGACGUGCGGUGAGGGUGUGAUCACCAGGAUCCGGCUCUGCAACUCCCCCAGCCCCCAGAUGGACGGGAAACCGUGCGAAGGCGAAGCUCGGGAGACCAGGGCCUGCCAGAAAGACGCCUGCCCUGUCAAUGGAGGCUGGGGUCCCUGGUCACCGUGGGACAUCUGUUCCGUCACCUGUGGAGGAGGGGUACAGAAACGCAGCCGGCUCUGCAACAACCCUGCCCCCCAGUUUGGAGGCAAGGACUGCAUUGGGGAAGUGAUGGAAAACCAGGUCUGCAACAAGCAGGACUGUCCAAUCGAUGGGUGCCUGUCCAACCCCUGCUUUGCCGGCACCAACUGUACGAGCUACCCUGACGGCAGCUGGAAGUGUGGGGCUUGUCCCCCUGGCUACAGCGGAAACGGCAUCCACUGCAAAGAUGUCGACGAGUGCAAGCUCGUGCCUGACGCCUGCUUCAGCCACAACGGAGAGCACAGGUGUGAGAACACAGACCCCGGCUACAACUGCCUGCCCUGCCCGCCGCGCUUCACGGGCCCGCAGCCCUAUGGCCGGGGCGUGGAGCACGCCACAGCCCACAAACAGGUGUGCAAGCCCCGCAACCCGUGCACAGACGGGACGCACCACUGCAACAAAAACGCCAAGUGCAACUACCUGGGCCACUACAGCGACCCCAUGUACCGCUGCGAGUGCAAGCCCGGCUACGCCGGCAAUGGCGUCAUCUGCGAGGAGGACACCGACUUGGACGGCUGGCCCAACGAGGACCUGGUGUGCGUGGCCAACGCCACCUACCACUGCAAAAAGGACAACUGCCCCAACCUGCCCAACUCCGGGCAGGAGGACUACGACAAGGACGGGAUCGGCGACGCAUGUGACGAUGACGACGACAACGACAAAAUUCCAGACGAAAGGGACAACUGUCCGUUCCACUACAACCCAGCGCAGUACGACUACGACCGAGACGACGUGGGGGACCGCUGCGACAACUGCCCCUACAACCACAACCCAGACCAGGCCGACACAGACAGCAACGGGGAAGGGGACGCCUGUGCCGCCGACAUCGAUGGGGAUGGCAUUCUCAAUGAACGAGACAACUGCCAGUACGUCUAUAACGUGGACCAGAGGGACACCGACAUGGACGGGGUCGGCGAUCAGUGUGACAACUGCCCUCUGGAGCAUAACCCAGACCAGCUGGACUCCGACUCAGACCGCAUCGGAGACACCUGUGACAACAACCAGGAUAUCGAUGAGGACGGCCACCAGAACAACCUGGACAACUGUCCCUAUGUGCCCAAUGCCAACCAGGCCGACCAUGACAAAGACGGCAAGGGAGACGCCUGUGACCACGACGAUGACAACGACGGCAUUCCCGAUGACAGGGACAACUGCAGACUCGUGCCCAACCCUGACCAGAAGGACUCUGAUGGUGACGGCCGAGGUGAUGCUUGCAAAGAUGAUUUUGACCAUGACAGUGUGCCGGACAUCGAUGACAUUUGCCCUGAAAACGUUGACAUCAGUGAGACUGACUUCCGCCGAUUCCAGAUGAUUCCUCUGGACCCCAAAGGGACAUCCCAAAAUGACCCUAACUGGGUGGUCCGCCAUCAGGGUAAAGAACUCGUCCAGACCGUCAACUGUGACCCUGGACUUGCUGUAGGUUACGAUGAGUUCAAUGCCGUGGACUUCAGUGGCACCUUCUUCAUCAACACCGAAAGGGAUGACGACUACGCCGGGUUUGUGUUUGGCUACCAGUCCAGCAGCCGUUUCUAUGUUGUGAUGUGGAAGCAGAUCACCCAGUCCUACUGGGACACCAACCCCACACGGGCUCAGGGAUACUCAGGCCUUUCCGUGAAAGUCGUGAACUCCACCACGGGGCCCGGCGAGCACCUGCGGAAUGCCCUGUGGCACACAGGAAACACCCCUGGCCAGGUGCGCACUCUGUGGCACGACCCUCGUCACAUAGGCUGGAAAGAUUUCACCGCCUACAGAUGGCGUCUCAGCCACAGGCCAAAGACUGGCUUCAUCCGAGUGGUGAUGUACGAAGGGAAGAAAAUCAUGGCAGACUCAGGACCCAUCUAUGACAAAACCUAUGCUGGCGGCAGGCUAGGGCUGUUUGUCUUCUCUCAAGAAAUGGUGUUCUUCUCUGACCUGAAGUACGAGUGCAGAGAUUCCUAAUCUUCAAACUGUUGAUCAAAAGACUGAUCAUAACCGAUGCCGGUAUUGCACCUUCUGGAACUAUGGGCUUAAGAAAACCCCCAGGGUCACGCCUCCCUGCCUGCCCUUUUCCUCUGCUUGCAUCAGUGCGGACUCCUAAACCACAUGACUUGACUCAAGAAAAUGCAAUUUUCCGAAUCAGACUCAGCAUUCAGCCUCUGAAUAAGAAGAGAAUCUUCCAAGAAUAUAAAUGAUUACUUUGGUUUACUUUUGGAAAAAGCAAAAGCAUCCACCUGCUUCAGUUGGGAAGGUGCCAGCUCCACUCGCCUUUUGUCAGAGCAGGGUGCCCUUGUGAGGCCACCUGAGCAGUGGGCCCAAAAGCGCUUUCAGGCGUGUGAGAGGAGGGAGGACUCAAGAGAAUUGGCAAACGAAACCACUGCUGUCCUAGUCCCUCGGGAACAGGGGGCGCGCAGGGGCCAAAGCCCUAAGGGGAAGGGCGCAAACCCAAGAGAUGAUUGUAUGAGGAGAACAUGGAGGAACUGUUACACAUUCGGUACUAAACCAUUUUCAGGGGAUUGAAAGACUGUUGCUGGAUUUCAUGAUGCUGACUGACGUUAGCUGAUAGGCACUUAAAUAGAGGCAGGGGAGGGAGGCGAGGACUGACUUCUGGACUUCCUCUUGGAUGCCCACCCCUUACACGUCGCAUAUAGUGACCAGAGUAGGGAGGCAGGAUUAAACCAGAGGGCAAGGCAGCGCUGGCUGCCACUGCCUGGUUACACUGAAAUUGUUGGUUUCAUUCUAGAUGUAGCUCGUGCAGAUGUAGCAGGAAAAUAAGAAAACCUACCAUCUCAGUGAGCACCACGCUGCCUCCCAGGGAGGGGCAGCUAUGCUUGUAUUUUCAUGGUUAGAAAGGCACAAAAUUAUUGACUUAACUAAAACAUUCCUUUUCUCUCUUUUGUCCUGAAUAUCGUGGAGUUUUCUAAUUCUCUUUUGGACUAAUUUUGUUUUCUUUUUUUACACUUUACAAUGUAAAAUAUUUAUUUUUUACUUACUCUGGAGAACCUAUCUGAAAGACUUCAUGGGACAGGAAGAAGCGUAAGGACUAUCCCCAUCAUCUUUGAGUCUUCAUGACUGUAAGGUUGUAAAUACAGAUUAUUUAUUAACUCUGUUCUACCUGGAACCUAGGUUUCGUACGGAAAGCGAGAGCAGGUAGUUGAGAUUCGUCAGCAAAUCUCACAAGAAGGGCACAAGGAAAGUCAGCAGAGCAAGCUGCUCUUCACUUUGUGCCUAAGUGAUCUGGGAUUUUGUUCCUUGUCUUUCCCGGUGGAAUGAGCCGGCUGUCCACCCGCAGGUGUUUGAGACGGCACAGAGAGCCACAAUGCCUUUGUUCCUGGUGCACCCCGCCCCUCGUGCCUAUUUCCAGGGAGAGAGAAGCAUCUCUGCUUAUUUUUCAUUUUUCCAAAAGAAAAAAAUGACAAAGGUGAAACUUAUAUACAAAUAUUACCUCAUUUGUUGUGUGACUGAGAAAAGGAUUUUUGGCUCAAGCAGAAAGAGUUUAAGUGUCUAACAAACUUAAAGCUACUGUAGCACCUAAACAAGUUGACGUUGUAUAUAGUAUAAAAACUCUGCAGAAAAGUAUUCCCAGUAAGGAAAUAGCAUUGAAAUGUUAGAUACAUUUUCUGAAAGUUAUUUUUUUCUAUCAUCUUGUAUACCAUUGCUUUAUUUUUAUAAAUUAUUUUCUCAUUGCCAUUGGAAUAGAUAUCUCAGAUUGUGUAGAUAUGCUAUUUAAAUAAUUUAUCAAGAAAUACUGCCUGUAGAGUUAGUAUUUCUAUUUUUAUAAAAUGUUUGCACACUGAAUUGAAGAAUUGUUGGUUGUUGUUUUGUUUUUGAUUUGAUUGCUUGCCCCCUCGCCCAGUUUUUACUAUUUGCCAAUACCUUUUUCUAGGAAUGUGCUUUUUUUGUACAUUUUAUCCAUUUUGCAUUCUAAAGCAGUGUAAGUUGUAUAUUACUGUUUCUUAUGUACAAGGAACAACAAUAAAUCAUAUGAAAAUUUAUAUUUA